CCGUGCCUCGUGCGGGAGGAUGAAGGACGUUAUACGGGGCGUGUGCGGCGGAGACAGCGCGGCGAGGCGAGGCAGUGGCGGUGGUUGUCCGGCUGUCGUGCCUCGCGCGGGGAGGAUGGACGACGCUCGCCGGGGCGUGUACGGCGGAGACGGCUUCUGCCAAAGUGGAGCAGGAAAGGACCGGAAGUCAAGGAGGCAGGGUGAGUACGCUAUGCACAGCGCCGCCUUCAUCCUCCACCUCCUUCUAAAGCGCGCGCUCGCCUCGGGCGCUGGCGGUGGCGCGGUGGUGCUCGCCCUCGCGCACCCGUACUCGCACGACGACCGCGUCCUCCGCAAGAUGGUAAGCGCCCCGGCCGCUCACCCGCAUUUCCUCGGCAACAGGGCCAUCCUUGCGGACCACGCGGCGGCGGUCACGCUCUUCGGGCACCCCCGCGGCCGGCUGAGCCUGGCCAUCUAUGAGGACAUGCGGGCGCCACCGGCGUUCCUCAUCGAGCUGCCCAUGCUCGCGGCCGGGCUGCAUAGGGGGGAUGGCCACGGGACCUUGAAGCUGGUGCUGGAGAGCGACACCCGCAGCGCGCGGCGACCACUCCUGUCCAACGACGAGUGGCACGUGCUGCGGCUGCUGCGCGGCGUCUCCAUGAGCGCCGGGGUGCCGCCGCCGCCGCCUGCUGACGGCUCCAAUUUCCCCGACAGCGUCAUACUCCCGUGUCUGAUUAGGAUUGAAGAGUGCUGAACAUGUCCUUGUCCAACACAGAUUAAUGUAAUGCCCGACCGGGAUUUGACUUGAUUGCUAUAAGAUGGAAGCGUCCUGGGCCUGAAUCUCCAUCAGGUGCGUCCUUGGACCAUAGUCUCCAUCAAAUUAUGUUGAAAAUUUCAUGAAGCGUCCAAUGUCACCGCCGAGUUCGCCGGAGGAACAAGAACAUCCGUCGAGUGGUCCAAUGUCGUCUGCAGCGGCUACAGGAGAGAUUUCGUGUUGAUGAGAGAGGAACAGAAUGUCGGUUGUUCAGUACUUCAUACAAAGAUACUACUACAAUCUGCAGUACUACUUGGCGCCUGCAGUCUAGAAGUGAUUCACAGCAUGUAUAUUUGCCUACGGAGGCACUGUAUCCAUGCUCGCUGUUUACUAAAAAUUAGACAUCGGAUGCUCAUAUUUUAAUUAGACAUCGGAUGUUUAGUGUAUUCUACAAACUGACUGCAGGCAUGCAACAUUGUUGAAGGGCAAAGGUACUCUAAGAAGCUGAAUGAUAAACAGGUCACCAACAUACUUAGAGCUUCCUUGGAUUUGUGGAGGACAUGUCUGGUUUCACAAAGUCAGUUUCACUUUCACGAAGACAGUGGAAAUGCAGAAAAAGGAAAGCAUGUGGAUUUAGAAAUUUCAGCAUUGUAGAGCUCAAUUGAAAUGGAAAACGGGAUUUAUAGCAUCCAGCUAGAGUGGUGAUUCGAUUUUUGAUGAUUGGUACUUUGGUUGUGAGGUCGAUGAAGACAUGAGAUGGAUUUGGGCGGGGCAGUGGGUUUGCACGCGAGGAGGUGGGAAGGACGAAGAUAGUGGAAGAAGCUUGAGAUGAUGAUGUUGUCGGUCGGGUGUCUUCUGCUACUGAAGUUUUACCACCAUCUGGUGGUGCUUGAGAGUAGAGACGGCAUACUUUCAUCAGCAGUGGCCAAACCCCCAGCACCGCUGGUGCUGUACACCCCUGUACCCCUCGACAUCCAGUGCCUCGCGUCUGCCCAACAUGAACACCUCCUCAAUAUGUACAUCUCUGAAUUUUGCCAUUGCUAGAGAAAGUAGAGCAUUGUUUUACUGUAGCUAUAAUUUGAGUUUAGAAGAUAUACUCCUCUCUUUUUGACGUCAAUUUUUUCAGUUGACUUCUCCGUCCAGUCUCAUGUCUUUCUCUUUAGCAGGGAUCGGUGAGUACUAAACGAGUAAAAAUGUCAUUCUCUUUUUCAUAUUUCUUCCUUUUCCUUACUACUUUUGUGGCUCCAAAUCUCAUGAUGGCUCUAUGUCUGUUCUUUUUGUUGACAUGGAUUUUACCCUGAAAAUUUUCUUCUGAUCUACAAUGUUCUGCCAUCUAAAUUUGUCUGUAUAUUGUGAAUGAGUAGACACUGGUGUAGAAACCCAAUCGGAUGAAAUUACCGACUACAGAGAGGUGUAAUUAUUAAUUAAUUUCUUGCUUUAAAAGAUAUGCAACUAGCAGAGUUUCUUAUUUUUAUCAAUUGGAUUACGACCGAAGUGAAGAACUUAUGUGGACAGUCUGGCAGAUUUCAGUGGCAAGAUUUUUGUACAAUUACAGUAGCAGAUUUCAGAAAUUUGUAGAGCACAUGAUUUACAAGAACAAGAUAUUCUGUCAAGCCAUGGAUAUCAACAAUCAGUCAAGCAAAGAAAUAUUCAUGGGAGAUAUACAGGGAUCCACAAGAAUGUGCACCGUAUGGCACUACCCUUUUGUCAUCGAGCCACUAUCACAUUUUGGUCAGCAAUCAGUUCAAGCAAUUCUCAGCGCCAUUAGUCAAAAGUUGGAAUUUACAUCUAAACGAACAAUACAUCAAGCAACAGAAGAAAAAGUGGUCAUCUCUUUUUCUUGGCACCAAGAUGCCAUACAAGCAUUCAGACUUCGGAAUCGCACAAGCAGUUUGUAUAUAAAUGGUGUGCCAUAUCAUUUUAACAUGGACACUUCAAAAGAAUAUAUGCCAAGAGUGGUCGCUGAUUACUAUGAUUAUAGUAAUCCUAAAGAGUUUGCCUCUGUGUUUCUGUUCACAUGUAGCUGAUGUUUUAGCCUUUUAGAAGUAUAUGGCAUUGCUUAAAUUAUGUUUCUUUUGGCAACAAC